UUCAUUAGAUGUGAAUAUUCCAUACAGUUCACGGAGUGGAUAGGGACUGUGGGCUCGAGAUAUGCCAUUAAUUGCAUUGUCAUAUCCGGUGUUCGCCCUUUUGGGAGAAAAGAAGGUGAAGCGACCAAAAGGCGUACUGGAUCCUGUAUAUCUAUGUUAGAUUGCCCUCAAUAGCGGGCAGUGGUGUUCCAGUCUUUUGUUUUCGCCGCUGUCUGGAGAUUUCAAGAUUCCGUGCAGGAUGGCGUCUGACGGAAACGUCAGUGCGAGACUCCACAAUUUCAAGAAUAAAGGAAAGGAUCAAGAUGAAAUGAGGAGAAGAAGGAAUGAGGUUACAGUAGAACUAAGGAAGAACAAACGUGAGGAGACCCUCCAAAAAAGAAGAAAUGUGCCGCUCAAUGCAGACUCAGCUGACGACGAGGACGCCGACCGGACGUACACGGCGUCGAAUCUGCAGGUGAUCGUGACGAACGCCUCGAGCGCCGACCCGCAGGUGCGGCUGGGCGCCGUGCAGGCGGCGCGCAAGCUGCUCAGCUCUGACAAGAACCCGCCCAUUGACGCGCUCGUGCAGAGCGGCGUGCUGCCCGUGCUCGUCCAGUGCCUGCAGGCCGAUGACAACCCGGCGCUACAGUUUGAGGCGACGUGGGCGCUGACCAACAUCGCCUCGGGCACCACGGUGCAGACCGAGGCGGUAGUCAACUCCGGCGCCACGCCGCACUUCCUGCGCCUGCUGCGCUCGCCCCACCUGCAGGUCUGCGAACAGGCCGUCUGGGCGCUAGGUAAUAUAAUCGGAGACGGCCCCGACCUGAGAGACUACGUCAUAGGUCUGGGGAUCGUCCAGCCGCUGAUAGCCUUCAUUAACGACAAGAUCCCGCUCAACUUUCUGAGGAACGUCACGUGGGUGCUGGUGAACCUGUGCCGGAACAACAAGCCGCCGCCGUCGCCGGACACGAUCCGGGAGAUGAUGCCGUCGCUGAACGUUCUGAUCCACCACUCGGACGUGUCCAUCCUGGUGGACACGGUGUGGGCGCUCAGCUACCUGACCGACGGCGGCCACGAGCAGAUCCAGCGCGUGAUCGAGUCGGGCGUCGUCUCCAAGCUGGUGCCGCUGCUCUCGCACCAGGAGACCAAGGUGCAGACGGCCGCGCUGCGGGCCGUGGGCAACAUCGUGACGGGCACGGACGAGCAGACGCAGCAGGUGCUCAACUGCGACGCGCUCAGCCACUUCCCCGGCCUGCUGCAGCACCCCAGGGAGAAGAUCAACAAGGAGGCCGCCUGGUUCCUGUCCAACAUCACGGCCGGCAACAAGGAGCAGGUGCAGCUGGUGAUCGACCACGGCCUGGUGCCGCUGGUGGUGCAGCACUUGAGCCGCGGCGAGUUCCAGACGCAGAAGGAGUGCGCCUGGUGCAUCAGCAACCUGACCAUCAGCGGCUCGCCCGAGCAGAUCCAGCACCUGGUGCGCGCCGGCGGCGUGCCGCCCAUGUGCCAACUGCUCGACUGCAAGGACUCGCAGGUGAUAAACGUGGUGCUGGACGGCCUGAACAACAUGCUGAAGUCGAGCCCGGACGUGGAGGCGGUGGCUCAGAUCGUGGAGGAGUGCGGCGGCCUGGACAAGAUCGAGGCGCUCCAGAACCACGAGAACACCGACAUCUACCAGCUGGCCUUCGACAUCAUCGAGCACUACUUCUCCGAUGACAACGAGGCGCUGGCAGACCCGAGCCUCGGCUCGGCGCCGUUCGACCCCGACCAGCAGCUGUUCGACUUCUAGGGGCCGGUCGGCGCGGCGCCGCCUCUUCAGGGUCUUUCACAGAGGAGUGGGGGCCGGCGGGCGCGCGGCACGGGCGCGGCGGCGGCCGCUCGGCCCUUUUUAUACUUUAUAUUUGUGGUGCGCGCGGGCGGUGUGUUGUUUUAUACGCGAGAUACGGCGGCCGGCGGACUGGCGCCGCCCGCCCCCGAACGGCAGCGGCUGUGACGUCACGGCUGGGCGGCGCCGGGGGCGGUGUGAUGACGG